GCCUGCCUGCCUGCCUGCCUGCCUGCCUGCCUGGGUACUUGGAUGCCAGCUUCAGUGGGCAAAUGAUGCAAACACAACCUUUGACCUUGUCUGGCUGACUUUGGCCAGCCAGCCUAGCAUACGGAAAGGGCCACCUAUGGACACGAGACACGACUCGCAAAUGGAAGCGCUCAUUUGUCACAGUCCUUCUUAGGCAGAAAGAAUAUCAAACAGUAAAUGAAGGAUGUAAACGUUUCCCCCAGCGCUGCUGCUAUUGAUGGCUUGCAAGAUCCAUUUUAGAAUGGCCAGGCAUCUCCAGUGCUUGAGCCAGCCAGCCAGCCAGCCAGCCAGCCAGCCACCAAUGAUGGCUUUCACGAUGCUCAGGCCGAUGUCGGCUCAUUCCUUCGCCUUCUCCGUUGACUUGAGCCUGACGUCGGACGAGGACGAAGGGAACCGCAGCGAGAGCGAAGGCAGCACGGACAAGGGUUAUGGCUGCUGCGCGGCGGCGGCGGGGGCAGCACCGGGCACCGGCAUCGGCGGGGUCGUCGUGGUAGAGCAGCGAAACGUCGCCAACGCCAGAGAGAGACACCGGACUCAGAACGUCAACACGGCUUUCAGCGCAUUACGGACGCUCAUUCCUACGGAACCGGUGGACCGAAAGCUGUCCAAAAUCGAAACACUGCGCCUGGCGUCCAGCUAUAUUUCGCACCUGGCCAAUGUGCUGCAGGUGGUGGGCGACGACGAGAAGGACGAGGACGGCCGUGGCGGCGGCGGCGCUCCUCGCGGCGGCGGCGCUCCUCGCGGCGGCGGCGCUCCUCACGGCGCUCCUCACGGCGUGUCUCCGUGUCUGAGGGCCAGCGGAGACUCCGGACAGCCCCGGAGCAUCUGCACCUUCUGCCUCAGCAAACAGCGCAAAGUAAGCGGUUCCAUUGGCCAAAGCAGGGCUCACCAAACUUUUGAAGGAGAAGGACAGCAACUUCUUGCGUACUGAUGACGCAUUCGAUACCAAUUGGAUCCCGCUCAAAAGGAGAUGUGUGAUUGAUGAUUAAUUGCUCACGAUAUUCCUUUUCAGACAUUUGGAAAGACAUCUUUUAUGCAACACCUCCAUGUUUCAAUGACAUAAGACUAUAGAAUGAAAUAUAUGACAAGCAUUGUCCCUCGUCGAGUUCAGUUCUUCUUUUUCGACAUGCAGCGCAGAUAUCCUUGAAAGAAAGGAAAGAUUGACUUUUGUCUCUGCAUUAAAGCUACCAAUGUAAUUUUGCGUUGUUGAAAUGAUUAUGAAGAUCAUCUGACUGACUGACUGACUGACUGACUGACUGACUCACAGCCAUUUCCUUCUUUGUUUCCAGGUUAAAGACAGACGAUAUUGUGUCAAAAUGCUAGGAGGGCCAGCGAGAAAAAUACAUUCUCGAUAAAACUCUCCUUUCAUUGGAACUGAGAAUGGCCACCAAAGACUGUUCUGUGAGUCUUUUGAAUGUUUUUUUCUUCUUCACCAAACAAGAGUUGUGGCUCAGGUAUGCAUAUUAAUGCUUCAUAAUAUGACUUGUUAUUAAUGAGAUAAAGCAUCAACAUCAUUUGAUGAUUUGUUCAUGGUUAUUUGUCAAACAUGGCAAGUUUUGUCAAAUGCUCUUGUCCUACGCAUUGUUCAUAAUGAGGAAUGUUAAAACGUAUUCACGGAAUGCCAUAUGAUAAGAAAGCUCAAUGAAUGUUGUUUUUUUCCUGCAAAAAUAUGAGCAGACUCAAAUUUCCAAGAUGGAUUUGUUGUUUGUUGUUGCUCAUGGCUUCAGACAACCUGAUGAGAAAAUAAUGAAAACUAACAACAGAGAUCUUUUUGAUUUCUUCCACCCAUUUUCUGCUGAUUCAUUUGACUACUUGACAUUGCCUAUAAUGUGAGAUGUUUUUGAAUGAAAUCAUUUCCUUCAAAUCAAGUCUGAUUGUUGAUUGAUCACGUUGAUGUUUUGUAAGCUUUUCUUACUGAUGACCGCGUUUUGCUCGAGAACUAUUAAAUCCUGCAGUGG